AGACAAGUCUGCAGAGGAGCUCAAUACCUUAAUGAGCAUGUACUGAGAAGGAGAGACUUAUAAGUGCAAAGUCAAAAUUUUGUAGCCUCAGUUCAAUUUGUCGAAAAAAAAAGCUCUUCAGCUGCGUGAUUGUCGUUUGAGUUCCAGUGACAGAACGAUAGACCAUUCGAAGGAGUGCAGAGAAACAAGGUGGACGACAUCUUUGGUACCAGGAAGCAACAAUCAGUGCAAGUGAAUGAGAUCUUCAUUCUUAGCAGUACAGUCUCCGUGAGCAGAGAAGUAUCCAGUUUGCAGUUAUUUCUUCAGGAAAGAACCAAGUAAGACAUUAUGGGUUCUCUGACAGCCGGAUGGUCAACCAACCCCCCGUGUGAAAAGAAAGUUCUCAAGCGCUCCACUUCUUCGAUGACGCGGAGUCAGGUGAACAGAUACUGGCGAGCAAAGCGUUCUCUGAACAAAGAGCACCUUGAAGAAGCCCAUAGAGCUGCGUCUAUCGCUAGAACUCGAUCUCUCUUCUCAGAAAUUACUGAGGAAAAUUCAGAAGAAUACUACCCAGAUAUGCAGUCAGAGGGUGGUAGCGUGGGUGGAAGUACUAGUGGCAGCACACCGACAACACCAAGACGAUAUGAUCGCGAAGAGGAAAGCAACAAACCUGGCUGGUGGAGGAAAAGCAACUGGGCUUUCCUGAAUGAGCCCCCUCUACAUGAGGAAAAGCAUUACAGCUACGCUCCACAGUACGAAAUAGACGUCAGAGCAAAGGCCACUGAGAUAGAAGGUCCACCGAAGAGGCAGCUUCAUCACACUCGAAGCAGCCUUUCCAUCUACUAAGUGCACGAGACGGUGAUUUUGUGACUGUGAUGUGAGGAGGACAUUGUGAGAUAACGCCUAGCGUUCCGUCCCCUUUGCUCGUGUCCUGUAUAUACUCGUAUCGGUUUAACUCUCGUGAGUGCUCGUUUCAAAGCUGAAGUGCCCCAGAGUGUGUACAAAUACAGAGUUGUGAAAUCUCCAUUUUCAUGUUUCUCUAGUGCUGGUAAGCGUUAGUCAAAAAAGAGGAUUCGCCUUACACAUGAUCGAGUUCAGCUGCGAAUUGCCGUAUGAUACUUGUUUCGACAGAAACAUAUUUUACUCGUUAGAUGCGAUGGAUCUUCGUCUCAGGUCGUGCACUGGAAUUUGGCUGGGAUCGUAUACCUUGCGUGUGUACGUAGUCAAUUAGUACUUGCAUGACCUCCAACAAAGCUAAUCUGCUCAUUAGGAAUUCAGGGCUCUGAAGUGACAUUGUCAGAACUUUCGGUUGGCCUCCACAUUGAUACGGAUUUGCGUAGCAUGACGAGACAGGCAUAGAUGUAAGAAGAGCUUGGAAUAUCUAUAGAAUGGAGAUUGUUGUAAGAAUUGAUUAGUACAGAGGUAUUGUAGAUCGCACAAAGCCACGUCGAGAUCAUCGAAGACUUGCCUGCCAUAAUAUGUCCAGCUUUUUUUAUAUAAGUUUUUAUAUAAAA